AUUACAGAACUAGCUCCACUUCGCUCGAUUCUCGAAUGCAUUCGUGAUCCUCAAUUAAGACGUCACUUUCCGUUGCCUACGCUGCAUCGAUUCUCUCUACAGAUCGCUCGUGGAAUGGCCUACCUUGAAGAACGCCUACUCGUGCACCGUGACCUGGCCGCUAGAAAUGUGAUUGUCUGUUCAAAAGACCAAGUCAAGGCUCUUGUUUGCAAACGUUUAUUUUCUUAUUGA